AAAGACUACCAGGCGUUUAAUGCUCAAGCAAAUUUUAUAAUCGCGCCUCUUGGACCAAUUGAAAAAACUUAGAAAGCAACAAAUCUUAAUAAUAAUCUUUCUUCUCUGAUUGGGUAAUGGGUGCUUGUUGAGAGGUUGAUCGGGUUACUGGCUCUCGUACCGGGAGGAGUUGAAAGAACAAACCGGGCCUAACUCGGAAGGGCUCAAAACGGUUUGGUUCGGUUCUGUGACUUUAUUCUCUGUGAAACUUUAUCAUCUAAAGAAGGAGCUUUUGUUCUUUUAUUAAGGUAUUUUACAUAAAAAAAGAAUGGAGGGACAUAUACAAUACCCUAAAAUCCAAUUAGAUGAUUACCAGCCUCAAUCUCUCUCUCACUUGAUUUCUGAAGAGAUGGAGGACCAUAGAUGUAAAAGCAAUAUAAUACCAAAAAAUGCUGUUGCACAAGAAGAUAGGACACCGCUCAGAAAAUGUGAAAGUGAAGCGUCUCAACCUGACACGGCUGACAAUGGUGUGGAAAAUGUUUCAAAGACCUGCCAUUCAAAGCAGGGUAAAGUUUUUUUUUAUGAUACACCACACUCUGAAGAAACUGGAGUUUGGAUACCUGUCUCUGUUCCACCAAUGUCAGAAAGUGAACAUCAAGAAUGGAGUAGAGGUCUCCCUCUUAAUGGGGGAUGCUUCCCUGAUGAAGAUCUAGAUUGGAAUCAGCUCCUUGAGAAAAAUAAGGAGCUGACCAUGUGGGAUGUGGUUGCUGAGAUGUUGGUAGCAGCUCGAGGAAAAGUGAGUUCCAUUGCUUCUGGAGAUGUCCACAGAUGUGGAAUUUCCUGGAUAUCAGAUCAUCUUCUUGAGCAAGCUUGGAGUGAGAUGGCCCAAACUCUUACAGAGGCUAAUUUUGGCAACAGCUGGGAGAUUCUUGAAGCCAAGCCUCCAAAGUGGUUGGCUGAUAGUUCUGCUUCUGCUUGCAUGUUGUGUAAUGCAAGAUUCCAUCCUAUCAUGUGCUCCAGGCAUCACUGCCGUUUUUGUGGUGGAAUAUUUUGUAAUGAAUGCUCAAAGGGGAGAAGCUUGUUGCCCAAAAAUUUCCGCACCAGAAACCCGCAACGUGUUUGUGAUGUGUGCUGUGUGCGGCUUGAGUCAGUGCAAUCAUACUUGAAGGACCAUGAAAGUCGCGCUGCUCAGUUGCCAACACAAGAUCUAACUGACCUCAGUACUUUGAGAUCAUGGCUCAAUUUCCCAUGGGGCCAGUCCAUGGAGUAUGAGAUUUACAAGGCCACGAACACUAUUCAGGGUUAUGCUAAGGUUGGUUCUCUACUGCCUGAGAAGUCCAUACCGGAUUCUAUUUUGAAACAAGCAAAAGGCCUUGCAAUCCUUACAAUUGCAAAGGUUGGUGUAAUGGUGACCUACAACAUUGGGACGGGACUAGUUGUUUCUCGUAGAGAGGAUGGAUCCUGGUCUCCACCAUCAGCCAUUUCUUCCUUUGGCAUGGGCUGGGGAGCUCAGGUUGGAGGGGAAUUUACUGAUUUCAUAAUUGUGCUGAGAACUUUGGGUGCUGUUAAAACAUUCAGUGGAAAUCUGCACUUCUCAGUUGGAGCUGGUUUGAGUGCAGCUGUUGGCAUUGUUGGACGGGCUGCUGAAGCUGAUUUAAGGGGUGGUGAUGGUGGUUUGGCUACCUGUUACACUUAUAGCUGCAGUAAAGGUGCAUUUGUUGGAUGUUCACUUGAAGGAAGUAUACUUGCAACUCGAACACAGGAAAAUGCAAGAUUUUAUGGUGCAUCCAUGAAUGCAUCAGAUAUUCUUCUGGGGUCACUGCCCGGGCCUCCUGCUGCUUCCAUGCUUUACCAUGCUCUCUCGAAUCUUUUUGGUAAGCUUGAGAGGUGAUCAAAUGAAUUUAGUGUCUGAAAAAGUAUAUAAAUUUAGUGCUUGGGAGGUGGCCUGAAUAAUUUGAAGUUUCCACGCUUAUUCGUUGUUUCCCAUGAAGCAAUGGUUUGUGAGUGAUUGUACAGUUCACAAAAUCUUGGCACACAUACAUUGUGCUGCUAUAAUUUAUAUUGCUAUUACAAUUCCUGCCCUAUAAUUCAUUGCUGAUGAACACAGCAUUAACGAUUGUAUGU